AUGGCCGCUGCCACACAGGAUGCUACACUUACCGCCGAUCCACUACUCUAUCGACUACCGGAGUUUCCGUCAGCGAUCCCUAUAACACCAGGACCUGCGAUGAGUCCCCGUGAGUCUGAAGGUAUCGCUGCAUGGGUUACCAUCAGUGGCGUUCCUUUUCCCGCUAUGGUUCUGGGAGGUGAACCGCGUGUGCCUAUCCAUCUUUUACUAAGUCGAGUCCUAUUCACGCAAGGUGUUAGCGAAAUCCAAGCAAUGAUGGAUGACUUGAAUAUUCAUAAGUCAAUCGCGACGAAUGAACAAGCAGAGAGUUUGCGCAAAAUGGAUGCGGAAGUAUCAGGCACUCAAGACAUGUCCAAUCUGAAUCUGGUAACUCGGUCAGAUGCAGAACGAAUAUGCGGUAUUGUUCGGAUCGAGAGUACCCCUUCGACGAUUGAGGAGCCUAUCGCAGAUGAGUCCGAUCGUCUCUCCGUACAACAUGCUAUGUUUGGAACCGUAAAAGGUUGGGCUUAUCCAUCACGAAAAGGUGGCAGAAGCGUUAGAUGUCAGGAGUGUGGAUUCUUCUUUACGCCACAAGACUUCGUUGCUCACUCCCACAGCGAGAAAAAGGAGUCGCAGAGAACAGUGCACUGGGGUUUUGAUCCAUCUAAUUGGCGUCUCAUGUUGGAAUUAGCAAAACCUUCUUCCGAAUGCAGUAUUAGCAAGGAGAGGUGGAAAGAAUUUAUUGAUGAGCCCACUAUUCAAUCAUGUGGUAUCUCGGAAAACUGCGACGGUUUUUUAGUCAACAAGGCCAAGCGAUCGCUCAUUGAUCAAUCUUUGGAAGUUCCGCCCAAAAUACUACGAAUCAACAAUGAUCACGCCAAUAUUGAGAAGCCAUUACCUAUCUUCUCGGAUCCGUCUACUUCAUCCAAACUGUAUUUAAGUAACAAUUUCGAUCGAUUUCUUGAUCCGAAAUCGACUGAUCCCCUUGCAUUGAUUGAAGAAGUCAUCCGAAAAGAAACCGCGUUCAAAGUCAAGUGCCUAUCCGCGAUCAACGGGCCGAACCCUACUGGUGGGCAACUUAUUUCUCUCGAAGACCAACCAAAUGCAGUCGUUCCUCAUCCCAGUACUUUCAAGUCAGUGGGCGAAGCUGUGAAAGACAUACAGACAAACUGUGAGCGAUUAGGCAAGUUUCCUAUUGAGUUUUGUUUUCUGUUGAACAGAAAUUUUUCAUAUGAUAAGGCGCUAGAAUCUGUCCUCAAGCGGAUGUCAACCAAUGUUAGUCCCACUAUAACGGAUGCCCUCUCUGAAAUUCGAUUGUCACUUAUGAAGGGCAAUCUGGCAGAGUACGAGCGAUUGCGGCUGGCUUAUGAGUUCCUGUUCACGCUGUACCGGCAGCUAUGUGACCCAUUCGGCUACAGCAAUGACCCUUUGAUGCAGGCGUCUGUUGCAAAAAUGCGAGCAGAUCAUAUUGCUAUGGGAAUUUCGGCGGAUUUAAACGAUUCCUCACGGACUCAAGCCCUUGCAGAUUUAUCACAGCAGCAAGCGAAAUUGGCAUCACUCGAUCAAUUUGGAAGUGUCCCGAAGAUGCCAGUUCCGCUGCCAUCCUUUCCCACUGCACCGGUUUCGGCUGAUUCACAACUACUACAACAUUUAUUCGCACAACAACUAAUGCAAUUAAUGGCUGCACCACAACUAACGCAAUAA